AUGUCUCCCCCAACUCGAACAGACUCAAUCGACUCUACACCCACAGAGCUCGACGAAACCAAUAUCACACGCACAUUCAACAUCUACAAACCCGCCUUUCGCCGACACUACGAGAUCAAAUCCGCCAACGACCAACCCCUCUACUACGUCAACAUCUCAUCCUUUAAACCCAACAAGCCUUCACUCACCCUCCACGCCAGCCCCAGCUCCACAUCCCCCAUAAUAGCAGCAUCAAAGUUCCUCAAGCUCUCCAGCGACUGCAAACUCGCCCUUGGCGAUCCAGAUGACCUAAAAAACACCCAGUGGGAAGAUAUGACCCGGGAGUCACCCAUCCACCACAGAUACCGCUUUGAGAUGACCAUCCCCGAUGUGAAUGGGAGUGGACAUGGCGAGAGACGGGUGUUUGUGUGGAAAAGGACGCAUAGCGUCAAGGUGGAGAAUACCAGGGCUUUCCCGUUGAGUUUGCGGUCGUUUAAGAUGAUUGAGGAACGGACGGGACAGGUUGUGGCUGUGUUUUCGAGGGAGAGGUCGAUUAGCAAGUGUGGGAAAUUGCAGAUUCGGGUGGAGUAUGGAGAGGAUUUUGCGAGGAUGGUGUUGAUUUCGUGGUUGAGUUUGUUUGAGAAGGCGUCUGGUGGUGGAGGAGGAGGAGGUGGUGGUUAG